GCGAGAAAUAGUUGUGAAAAAACCUGAUACCCUUGAUCUCUGAGUCUGGGUAUCAGAGACCCCCUCCCCCCUUCCCCUCCUAAAAUCAAGAUCCCUUCGACGUUGCUAGGGUUCUGCUGCCAUCGCUGAGCCCAUUCAACUCGCUGCUGCUUCUCCUUCUCUUACGAACCGAGGAUCCCCGAAGCCGUCGCGCGAUUGUCCUUCGCGAUACCCUUGCCAGUGGACCAAGUGAAUAUUUUACGUCGUUUUUCACAUUAACUCAAUUUCCCUUCUCCAAUUCUCUCUCUCACACGCACUCACGCCUUCGUAUUGCUGCUGCAUCUUUCGAGCUCAAGCAACCGACGCGACUGUCGUCAAUCUCAAUCCAGUAGUAGUAAUAGAAGAAAAAAAAGAGCAAAAGGAAUGGCAGAGGACAAAGGCAUAGCAGAUGAAGGAAAGAAUGAACCAAGAGUAAUUGACGAAAAGAAGCGCAAGGGUGUUAUCUCUCGUAUUUGGAAUGGCAUUUUCAGACUUCAUGGAGACAAUUUUGAGAAGAGACUGCAAAGCAUUUCCAAGAAAGAAGCUGCUGUUUUAUCAAGGAUGAAAAGGAGAUCCCUUACUUGGAGGAAGAUGACUAGGCAUCUCAUUAUUUUCUCGGUCAUUUUUGAGGUAAUUGCAGUAGGCUAUGCUAUUAUGACAACAAGAUCAAUGGAUUUGAAUUGGAAGAUGAGGGCAUUUCGGGUUAUGCCUAUGUUUCUUUUGCCUGGUAUAUCAUGCCUUGCAUAUUCAGCAUUUGUGAGCUUCAGAACUAUGUGUGAUCGAAGGGAUCAGAAAACUCUUGAAAGGCUGCGGGCUGAGAGGCAAGCUAAAAUUGAUGAACUUAAAGAGAAGACAAAUUACUACACUACGCAGCAACUUAUUCAGAGAUAUGAUCCAGAUCCAGCAGCAAAGGCAGCUGCUGCAACAGUCCUCGCAUCUAAGUUGGGUGCAGAUUCUGGCUUGAAAGUGUAUGUGGGAGAUGAAGAUAAGCUCAAUAGCGCAACAAGGAUGAGUAAUGAUGUUGAGUUUGUGCAAGCUAGUGGCCUUAGGAAUAGAAAGCCAGGGCACACUAGAUCCAGUAGUGCAGGGAGUUCUCCAGUGCUUCAUCGUGAUGAAGGAAUGCUAUGUUCUGCACAAAGUGAAAGUCUUCAAACUGCUCAGGAAAAACCGCUUGUUGUUGAGCAUCAGAAUCCUCAAGGUUCUGCUUUGCAAGAGGGGGGAUGGAUUGCUCGAUUAGCUGCAUUACUUGUGGGUGAGGAUCCUACGGAAUCAUAUGCACUGAUAUGUGGAAACUGCCAUAUGCACAAUGGACUUGUCAGGAAGGAGGAUUUUCCACACAUUACUUACUACUGUCCACAUUGUCGUGCCUUGAAUCAGCCAAAACAUUCAGAAGGGCAUGUCUCUGGUUUUAAUUCCCCCAAUUUGGGCAAUAUGAAAGGUGAAGAUAACGUUGAUGUUGUGAACAGUGCCAGCAACCUCUUGGGUGAGAGCAUUCUUACAGGCAGCAGCCCUACUAGAGAUGAUUCAGAAAAAGAGCAAGAAAGAGGAGACAUAGGAUCGGGGGAGUUGGCUAGUUAAGAUUGCAGAUACAGGUGAUUGAUUAUACAGCGUUGAGCCUAUUAUCAUAUCUGUCGGGUGUGUUCCAUUGAUUGGUGGAUUUGGAGUAGUGUCGGUUCACGUGUUUGUUAAACAGAUAUAUACGCGAGUGCGGGUUUCAAUCUAAUCAUCUCAUGUCUAGUUUGUUAUGGUUGCCAAUGAGUGAUGGAAUUGCACAAGUAGAGGUGAUGCAAUUUGACAAAGUUCAGCCCAUCACCUACUGUAGAGUAUGGGUGCUAUUGAGUGAGACGGAUUUUCAUGUAACAAAAUAUGUUGGGAGACUUGGUGGUGCAUACCCUAUUAUCAUAUAAAUGGAUCAUUACUCAGUUGCAGAA